UCUAACACUUGAAAAUAAUUAAUACUUAAAAGAACGACAUGACGAUACAUUUCAUUCGUUCGAAACAUGUGAAAUCGAUUAUGUCGAUUGCAUAUACAACCAUAGAUAUAAUAUACUUAUAGAUUCGCCCUGCUGACUUUCUAACUCCGUAACGAGAGAAGCAAGAUCUAUCUGUAGAGGUUAUAUUAAGUUACGUUUUCGUUUGAGAUUAACGUUGAAACAUCAUCAGCUGCUUUAAUCUUAAAAAGAAUUUUCUUUUAUUAACGCACUAUGACAUCUAAAGUAACUUUUAAAAUAACUCUAACUUCGGAUCCAAAAUUACCAUUUAAAGUACUUAGUGUACCAGAAACUACACCAUUUACUGCUGUAUUGAAAUUUGCUGCUGAAGAAUUUAAAGUGGCAGCAGCAACAUCAGCUAUUAUAACUGAUGAUGGUAUUGGUAUUAAUCCACAGCAAACUGCAGGUAACGUGUUUCUUAAACAUGGCUCUGAACUAAGGUUGAUUCCUAGAGAUCGAGUUGGUGGAGCUAGGUGACUCAAAACGUCUAAUCGUAAUAGCGCCUCAAUCUUUAUACAAGAAUUUAAAUAAUAACGAAUUGAAAUUAAUUUUAAUAAAUCACAUCUAUAUGAAAGUUUAUGCAAUGGUCGUAGCAACAAAUUUUACGUAUAUAAAAGCAUAGAUAUACAAUAAUCGAAACAUUCCAUCAUAUUAUUCUUUGUAAGAACAUAUGCUAACCUAUAAAAAAAAAAUCACGAUGUUACAUCACAUAUUCCUGUUAAAACAAGACAUAAGAUUUAAACUAAAUCAAAUGAUGAUCAUUAUUUAAUUCUAAUGCAAUUUGAGAAUACGGAAAAGACUAUGGGAUUUUAUCUGAAUUAAUGUAAAUAUAAGAAUAGCCUAAUCGAAAUAUAGAGAAAUUAGCCUUA